AUGUCAGGUCCAGGUAGAUAUGUCCGUGCACCAGUGCAACGUAGCGACUCUGAAAACGAUUGUGAUGAUUCGGUGCGUUAUCAAACAUCGUGUCCAGGAAGAUUUGUUCGGUUGGAUGGUAGUGCUGAUGACAAUGGUGUGCUGGACAACUCAUUCGAUCAUUAUGAUACGAUUGUGAAUCCAGAUGAUGCAAAUAGAGAAUUGCGAGAAAAAGUGGCGGAACUCGAAAAUGUAAUCGCUGAACUAACCGGCGUCAAAAAUCGUAGACGAAUAGAUGAUGCCGAUUUGCAAACAGCUCACGAUGAAAACAAUACACAUGAAUCAUCGGUUUUGGCAUCAACCGCGAUGCCCUCCGGCAUGUUUUGUAUCAGGUGGGACAAUAUCAAACAGUUCCCAACUGGUAUACCGGCUAACAAAAUGUGGGAGACAUGGACGAAAUUUAUUGAGAAUUUCGAGAUUGCAGCCUCUUUGUCUAACGCGCAGGACCCGGUCAAGCGGUCCCAGUUGUUGCUACUUUCGGUUGGUGAUGAGCUCCAGGCAAUAAUACGUGCCGCUAAACUGCGGCCUGACCUUAAUGAACCUGAUUGCUAUGUUUCUUUCGUGAAGAACAUCGACGCACAUUUGAAAUCAUUGACGGAUACUUCGGCUGAACAUGACGCAUUUUUAUCCAUGCAGCAGGAAAAGGGCGAAUCUGCACAAAUCAAUGCACUGUCUCUUGAGGACGUUCUUGUGAAUUGCACACUUGCAUCAUAUUAUCCCAUCCGCUUUCUAAUAGACUCCGGGGCAGAUGUCAACGUCAUCGGUGGGGAUGACUGGAACAAACUGGAAAUGGUCCACCGGUCUGGAUCGAUAUUGUUAGAACCAAUAGAAGUAUCUAGGAAUCGUGGGCUACGUGGCUAUGCUGCUAGCACGCCAAUGUCAAUUGAAUGUGCUUUCCGAUCAAAAAUCCAAGUGGAUGGAGUUGAUAACCCAAGUGUUAUCGCUGACUUCCUGGUGGUAAAAGGAGGCAGCUGUUCAUUGCUUGGUCGAAGCACUGCCAGUGAAAUGAAGCUGUUGAAGGUUGGAGCGGGUAUCUUCCGCCUAGAAGGAGAACCGAAAAAAGUGUUUCCGAAGAUGCCUGGAGUGAAGGGUAGGUUCUCUGUAGACCAAACUAUUCCACCAGAGAGGAACGCCUACUACAACGUUCCUGCGGCAUAUCGCGAGGCAGCUAAAUGUCGGUUGAAGGAAAUGGAGUCUAGUGGCAUCAUCGAGAGAGUGACUUCUCCGCCGGACUGGAUUAGUGGUUUAUCAGCUGUUCCGAAAGUUAAGGACGAUUUUCGCUUGGUCGUCAAUAUGCGUGCACCAAAUAAGGCGAUAAAGCGACAAUAUUACCGUUUACCACUAAUUGAAGAUAUGAAAGUUAAAUUGUACGGGGCAAAAUUCUUUUCCAAACUCGAUUUGUCCAACGCCUACUACCACCUCGAGUUACAUGCUGAGUCACGGGAUUUGACCACAUUCUUGGCAGAAGACGGAAUGUAUCGGUUCACCCGACUUAUGUUUGGGGUGAACUGCGCCCCCGAAAUUUUUCAGCAGGAAAUGUGCCGCAUUUUGGAACCUGUCAAGAAUAAAAUCGUCUAUAUCGAUGAUAUUCUUCUGUUCGCUGAAAGUUUGAAGGAACUUCGAAAAAUCGUAGCCAACACGUUACAAAUUUUGCGUGCAAAUAAUUUGACGCUAAACACGACCAAAUGUGAAUUCGAUCGAAGUAGGAUAAAGUUCGUGGGACAUGAGCUGGACGAGAACGGUUUCCAUAUUGAAGAAACUUAA